AUAAAAACCAAUGUUGUUCGACUUUAAAGGACCAUUUUCUCUACUGAGCCAGGAGCGUAUUGACGACGUAUCUUCGAGGUCAAAAUGUCUUUGAGUGGAGUACUGAAGAAUACCAGUGAAAACUUGGAAAUAUAUAACGAAUGGGAUUAUUUAUGGGUACGAACAGGCUUUCCUCUAGCGUUUGCUAUUACAGUUGCAAACUCCAUCGCACUUGCAGUUUUCGUAAAGAAGACAUUUCUUGUCAAGAAGUCCAGUUACCUCCUGGUGAACUUGACCGUCGCAGAUUUACUGGUUGGAAUUUCUGGCAUUGUUCAUGGUGCUUUCAUAUUGUCCUCUUCUCAACCAGAUAGCUUGACUUUAAUGGCCGUAACUGCAUUGUUUUCUUUUGCAUCAAUUCUUUCUCUAACUGUUAUAUCUCUUGAAAGAGUGGUKGCAGUCUUCUGGCCAUUUCAUCAUCGCCUUGCUAAGUCAGCUCAUUAUUUCCUUGUCAUAGCAGUUGUGUGGUUUUUUACAGUCACUCAAGUAAUACCUAUAUUUCUUAUUCAUCAUUUUCCCCAAUUUUUCGAUAUCAAACAAUUUUUGCCCUAUAUACGUGGUUGCAUAAUACUUCUUCCCGCGGCGUCACUUGCCAUUAUUGUCUUCUCAUAUCUCUCUAUUUGGGUUAAACUGAAAUUCUUCACCAAGUUUCGUCACUGCAGAACAAUCCAAGAGAACAGUAAAUUAAGCAAAACGCUCUUUAUAGUGACUGUCGUUUCACUAGCCACUUGGUUGACGAUACUUGUCAUACUUGCCCCAAAUCGUGUUGCCUUCCAUCAACCUUCCCACCCCACACAAAACAUGCAGAGACAUGUGCCUUCCAAAAUUCAAAAGAUUCAUGUGUGUAUGUCCUCGAGGGAACACAAAUGGAUGUGA